AUGAGUGUCCGUAGAUUGCGGGCUGACAUAAGGUCGGUGGGGCCGUAAGGUUGCCAAGACCUUUAGCGCGGCAGCCUGUGAACCUCUGGCCGAAAAUUCACACGUCAAAAGAGGCUCCAUCGCGCAUUGCUCCUUCGACUCGAACAUCACCUCCUCUUUCCAUCUCCAUCGGCGAUACGAGAAAAACGGCACGACGGCGUUCCAGCACGAAUUAGCCGACCGACUUCCAUCUAGCCAGCCAGAACGCAUCUGCCCCGCGACAUUGCCAUACAUCAUCAAUAAGUCCUACCGAAUGGGAUGAGCGCGCCGCCGAGCGGGCUGCAGCACCAUGUCAGACGCCGAGUUUGAACAGAUCCGAAAGCUCCAGGCCGAGCGCAAUGCCGCCGCCGCUGCAAAGAAAGGUUCCCGGACCUUCGAUGCAUCAGGCCAGCGUGCCGACACCUCGACCAAGGCCAGCCUGAAUGAAGCUUGGGAUACGGAUCUCUACGACCGCCGGAAUGGCGACAAGUUUGCCGGCUACCACCGGAGCCUCCCUGCUGCUGACGGCGAUGAGGAUGAGGAGAUGGCCGACGCGGACAACUCACGUCGCCUCGUCGGCCAGUACACCGCUAGCCGCGCCAUUAUCGAUGAGUUUGCGCACGGUAAUGGCGUCGAGGAGGAUGACCCCCUGGCGGGCCGCGGCGAGCGAAGUAACCGCAUUACAGACCGCGAGACAGACUACCAGAAACGGCGGUUCGACCGUGUCUUGACACCGACGCGCGCAGAUCCUUUUGCCGCAGACCGCCAGGACGGCGCAGAGGCGGGAGAUACCUAUCGCGACAUUAUGGAGCGGCGAGAGAUAGAGCGGGAGGAGGAGCGCGUCCGCCGUGCCAUCGAACAGAAGAUGAAGGACGGUCCGGUUGAGGAGCACAAACCUAUGCUGAAGGACGCCGGGAGCGAGGAGAAUAAAGAGAAUGAGGAUUCGGCAGGCACCGCCGGCCGGAAGCGCAAGAAGAGGUGGGAUGUUGGCUCGACCAACGAGACGACGGGCGAGCAGGCUACUCCAGCGUCGGCCGAGCCCAAAAAGCGAUCGCGCUGGGACCAAGCGCCUUCAGUCCCAGUCAUCGGGGCUGCGACAGGAGCAGAGCAGCCAAAGAAGAAGUCAAGGUGGGAUCAGGCUCCAUCCGCCACCCCCGUCGGCAACAUAGGUCUCGCUACGCCGGCGCACCCGUCCCAAGUGCCCGCGCUGCCUGUCGCUUUUGGCACGGACGCGUCGGGCCGCUACAUGCCGCUUAGCGACGAAGAGCUGGACGCGAUGCUACCCGGUGAGAAAGAAGGUUAUAAGAUUCUUGAGCCUCCACCGGGCUAUGCUCCGGUACGAGCUCCUGCCCACAAGCUGGCAACGGCGCCCACCCCGGCAACGGGCUUCAUGAUGCAGGACCCCAGCAGCGCGCGGUUCGGCGCCGGCCAGCAAAUCCCCAAAGAGAUACCGGGAGUCGGCGACCUGCAGUUCUUCAAGCCCGAGGACAUGGCGUACUUUGGCAAGCUGACGGAUGGUGCCAACGAGGAUGACCUCAGUGUGGAGGAGCUGAAGGAGAGGAAGAUCAUGCGUCUACUGUUGAAGGUCAAGAACGGCACUCCUCCGAUGAGGAAGACUGCGCUCAGACAGCUUACAGAUAACGCACGUAAUUUUGGCGCUGGUCCCCUGUUCAACCAGAUCCUCCCGUUGCUCAUGGAGAAGACGCUCGAGGACCAGGAGCGUCACUUGCUCGUCAAGGUCAUCGACCGGAUCCUCUACAAGCUGGACGACAUGGUGCGGCCGUAUGUUCACAAGAUCCUGGUCGUCAUCGAGCCGCUGCUCAUCGACCAGGACUAUUACGCACGGGUCGAGGGUCGUGAGAUCAUCUCCAACCUCGCCAAGGCUGCCGGGCUGGCCACCAUGAUCAGCGUCAUGCGGCCCGACAUCGACCAUGUCGAUGAGUAUGUGAGAAACACCACGGCAAGAGCAUUCGCGGUCGUCGCGUCUGCGCUUGGUAUCCCAGCCCUCCUCCCCUUCCUCAGAGCUGUCUGCCGCAGCAAGAAAUCGUGGCAGGCACGCCACACAGGUGUCAAGAUCGUGCAGCAAAUUCCAAUCCUUAUGGGCUGCGCCGUCUUGCCCCAUCUGAAACAGCUCGUUGACUGCAUCGGACCCAAUUUGAACGACGAGCAGACCAAGGUGCGCACAGUAACCAGUUUGGCCAUUGCAGCUCUGGCCGAGGCUUCGAACCCCUACGGUAUCGAGAGUUUCGACGACAUCCUCAACCCCCUAUGGACCGGCGCCCGUAAGCAGCGAGGCAAAGGCCUGGCCGGCUUCCUCAAGGCGGUUGGCUACAUCAUUCCCCUGAUGGACGAGGACUACGCGAACUACUACACCAGCCAGAUCAUGGAGAUCCUGCUGCGCGAGUUUUCCUCGCCCGACGAAGAGAUGAAGAAGGUCGUCUUGAAGGUCAUCUCGCAAUGCGCCGCCACUGACGGAGUCACGGCCGGCUAUCUCAAAGAGCAUGUCUUGGACGAGUUUUUCAAGAGCUUCUGGGUGCGCCGGAUGGCGCUCGAUAAACGCAACUAUAGGCAAGUUGUCGAGACCACGGUCGACAUCGGCCAGAAGGUGGGUGUCAGCGAGAUCUUGGAGCGGAUCGUGGGCAACCUGAAGGACGAGAGCGAAGCCUACCGCAAGAUGACGGUCGAGACGGUCGAGAAGAUCGUGGCGUCUCUCGGCGCGGCCGACAUCGGCGAGCGGCUGGAGGAACGGCUCAUCGACGGCAUCCUGCACGCGUUCCAGGAGCAGAGUGUCGAGGACAUCGUGAUGCUCAAUGGCUUUGGGUCGGUAGUGAAUGCGCUCGGCACCCGGUGCAAGCCAUAUCUCCCCCAAAUUGUCAGCACCAUCCUAUGGCGUCUCAACAACAAGUCCCCCACUGUCCGCCAACAAGCCGCCGACCUUGUCUCGCGGAUUGCCAUGGUCAUGAAGCAGUGCGGCGAGGACGCGCUCAUGGGCAAGCUCGGCGUGGUCCUCUACGAGUACCUCGGUGAAGAAUACCCCGAAGUGCUCGGCUCCAUCCUGGGCGCCCUGCGCUCCAUCGUCACCGUGGUCGGCAUCAGCCAGAUGCAGCCACCCAUCAAAGACCUCCUGCCGCGGCUCACCCCGAUCCUCCGCAACCGUCACGAAAAGGUGCAGGAGAACACAAUCGACCUGGUUGGGCGCAUCGCCGACCGCGGCCCGGAAAGCGUCAACGCGCGCGAGUGGAUGCGCAUCUGCUUCGAGCUGCUCGACAUGCUCAAGGCGCACAAGAAGGGCAUCCGCCGGGCGGCCAACAACACGUUUGGUUUCAUCGCGAAAGCUAUCGGUCCGCAGGACGUGCUGGCGACGCUGCUCAACAACCUGCGGGUGCAGGAGCGCCAGUCCCGCGUCAACACGGCCGUGGCAAUCGGCAUCGUGGCGGAGACGUGCGCGCCGUUUACGGUGCUGCCCGCGCUGAUGAACGAGUACCGCGUGCCGGAGCUCAAUGUGCAGAACGGCGUGCUGAAGUCGCUCUCCUUCCUGUUCGAGUAUAUCGGCGAGAUGGCAAAGGACUACGUCUACGCCGUCGCGCCGCUCCUCGAGGACGCACUCAUCGACCGCGACCAGGUCCAUCGCCAGACGGCCGCCAGCGUGGUAAAACAUAUCGCCCUCGGCGUCGUCGGGCUGGGUUGCGAAGACGCCAUGGUCCACCUGCUCAACCUGCUCUACCCCAACCUCUUCGAGACCAGCCCGCACGUGAUCGACCGCAUCGUCGAGGCCAUCGAGGCGAUCCGCAUGGCGGUCGGGCCGGGGCUGGUGCUGAACUAUGUCUGGGCUGGGCUCUUCCACCCGGCGCGGAAGGUCAGGACGCCGUACUGGCGUUUGUAUAAUGAUUGCUAUGUGUGGGGCGCGGACGCGAUGGUGCCGUACUAUCCGAAUCUGGUCGAGGAGGGCAUUGAUCGCGGGGAGUUGGCCAUUGUUCUUUAAGCAGCGUCUAGGAUAUGUUUUAUCUUUCUUGUAACUGUUAAACUGGGAGAGGCGGGCAGUCAGAACCGCAGCAGCGAAGGUUCCCUUCUGCCUAGCGUUUGGCUGAAGUGAGUGCUGCUGUUAGCGCUGGGUAAAUGAAUACAUUUUUGGUACACUUGGAACCCC